CGCGCAACCGUCGGAGGAGCGAAGAUCAGAGAGGAUGCUUUAAACAACAAGAAAAAAACGGUAACCUUUCUAAGGAACAAGCUGACUUGGAGACAUGGACAGCGGACACCACGGUUUUGCACGGGAAUACUUCGAUCGCUUUCUCCAGAGUCAGGACUCCUCAGUGGUGAACAAAUUCCAGCAGAAAUACUGGAAGACCAAACAGACGCUGAUUAAAGUGACAGGGAAGAAAGAAGACGACCAUGUGGUCGCCUCGGACGCAGACCUCGAUGCCAAACUGGAGGUUUUCCACUCGGUGCAGAGGACGUGCAUGGAGCUCCUUAAAGUGAUAGAACAGUAUCAGCGGAGAAUCUGUUUUCUGUCUCAGGAGGAGAACGAGUUGGGGCGCUUCCUGCGCUCUCAGGGCUCUCAGGACAAAAGCCGAGCGGGGAAGAUCAUGCAGGCGACCGGGAAAGCGCUCUGUUUCUCCUCUCAGCAGAGGCUGGCGUUGCGCGUCCCGCUCUGCCGCCUGUACCAGGAAGUGGAGACGUUCCGCUACAGAGCCAUCUCAGACACGUGGCUCACCGUAAACAGGAUGGAGCAGGCGAGGACUGAGUACCGCGGAGCUCUGCUGUGGAUGAAGGACGUCUCGCAGGAGCUGGACCCUGACACGCACAAGCAGAUGGAGAAGUUUCGCAAGGUUCAGGCUCAGGUGCGUCUCACUAAGACCGGCUUUGACAAGCUGAAGAACGACGUUUGUCAGAAGGUGGAUUUACUGGGAGCCAGUCGAUGUAACCUUCUGUCUCAUGUCCUCACUAACUACCAGACAACGCUGCUGCAUUUCUGGGAGAAAACGUCUCACACCAUGGCCGCCAUUCACGAGAGUUUUAAAGGCUGCCAGCCGUACGAGCUCUCAGCAGAGAAGGGCAGCGAGGAGAAAAAAGGAUCUGAUCCAGGAGCAAAGAAACGGGCGAAGAAAAAAAACAAGAUAAAAACAGAAGACGAGGAAUCGAGCCCUGCCAUAGAGGACACGCUAAUUUCAAUAGACGACGGGGAUCUAAAUGAGGACACGAAGCAGUCAGGAGCCGACGAGGAGCCUGCGUACAUCGCCAGAGCGCAGGAGAAUGAUGGCCUGAGCAUGCUCACCGAGCUCCUCAGCUCCAGCUCAAUGGAGGACGCAGAUUUCUCCCGAGAGUGGAGGGAAGUCUUCGGGGAGGACGAGAGUCUGGAUGGAGGGACGUCUGCGGUCACAGGCGCUCAGCCUGAGAAUGAAGAGGAAGCGGGAGCUGCUUCGUUUUUCCUCCCAUCACAACUUCUCGACCAAAACGUUCACAACCUGCAGUCUGCAGCGUCAGGAUGGAUUAUGGAUAAUCUACACAGCUCCACAGGGCAGAGUGACCAAACCAAGGCAGCCAAUCGGAUCACGUCCAAACAGACAGUAAGAGACACCAGUGAAGUUGCGAAGGAUCGCUCUGCGUGGUUUAACCUGUUCGCCGAUUUGGAUCCUCUCACCAACCCGGACGCAGUCGGCAGAACAGACAGGGAGCACGAGCUCUUUGCCGCGUAGUAAAUUCCAUCCACACGGCGGCCAUCUUUAAAACGCUCACUUAAACGUCAUCUAUUUAACAUGGGCGGAGUGGAGAGACAUGUACAAAAGUGGAUCAAAGUUCCUGUAUUAAGACAGAUUUAAAUAGUUCUCAUGUAAAGUACUCUUGGGUUUUAUUAGCACAAGAAACACAAACAGUGUGCAGGUCACAUUACUGUACGCCAAUCAUCAGCGUACGUUCAGGAUUAUGUAAAAAAAUCAGCUCCAAGUUUCCUUACACCAUAAGAACAUCAUUUUAUUAAUUUCUAAAAAAUAUUAAAUCUUUAUUUAUUUAUUUGCUUACUUAUUCAUUCUUUCAUAAUUGAGAUGAUAAAGGAGGUUUAAAAAAUUAUUCACACUUUUAGCGCCAUUGAUUGUAUAUAUUUAUAACCGCUCCAAAUGGACAGUUGUUUUGUUUAUCAACAUUAAUAAAAUUAGAUAAAAUUAUAAAGCAUCCCUGCUGAGCAAAAAGCAAAAAUAUUACUGGAGGACUCGAUUAACAAAACCCGAAGGGAAGUUCUCAUGAAUGCCGUUAGAUAACACUAGUACUAAGUACAUUUAUAACAUAAAGGCACUUUACUGAUUAUUAUUAUUAUUAUUAUUAUUAUUAUUAUUAUUUAUUAAGAUGUUUAUAUUUAUUUGGAGUUAGUUCAGAUUAUUUAUUAAGAUGCAUUUAUAUCAAUGGUAUGCAUUAUGAAUUUUACUACAUAUGUUGUGAUUAUUAUACAUUAUAACAGUGCCACAGAACCUUCUGGUG